CUCUCUGCUUCUUCAAAAAAAAAACAAUGGCAUACUUUUGGGUUUCACUACUUUUGGCUUUACUAGUGCCCACAAUAAGUGCAGAUCCAGACCCAUUGCAGGAUUUCUGUGUAGCAGACACUUCCUCUUCCGCAUUUUUUAUGAAUGGACUGCCUUGUAUCGACCCCAGCAAAGCUUCUGCAAAGCACUUUACUACAUCUAUUUUGAGCACCAAGGGAAAUACAUCAGACAGUCUAUUCGGAAUGAGUGUGAUUGCCACAACAGCAGAUGUUCUCCCUGGCAUAAACACAUUAGGGUUGAUAAUGGGUCGCGUAGAUAUUGCAGUGGGAGGAGUGCUUCCUCCUCACACACACCCACGAGCCUCUGAAAUUAUUUACGUUUUGGAAGGGGAACUCAAAGUUGGAUUUGUGGACACUACUAACAAGCUUUUCUCUGCAGAUAUCAAAACAGGCGAUGUUUUUGUGUUCCCCAAGGCCCUUGUACACUUUGCUCAGAACGUGGGAAAUAGCCCUGCCUCUCUCAUAGCUGUUCUCAAUACUCAAACUCUCGGUACCUCUAUCAUUCCCUUGGCCACUUUCGCUUCCAAUCCAGCAAUUCCCAGCAGUGUUUUGUCAAAAUCAUUCCAGAUUAAUGUUACGGAGGUGGAGACAAUCAGAAAGAACCUUGGUGGCAACUGAGUAAUGUGGAUCUCCUGCUGUUUUGUGCUUCCAGAAGUAAUGUGUGUGUUUUUUUCAUAUGUUUUUUUAGUUAUUAAUUACUGGAAGGCUGUAGUUUAAAGCUAAGUUUUCUUAUGGAGGCUAGUCAUUGCUGGUCACUUGCGACAAAUAAUUCUAAACAUUCUAUAGAUAUUGAAUAAGGUGAUUCCAAUAAAUUUAGUAUCAAUAAUAAUAAUUAUUUGUUAGAGUCUAUCAAUUAUCUAUGUAUGUAACCACUGCUGGAUGGUCAGUGGUUUUCCUAUUUGUUUUCUUAAUGGAAAA